AGGCGCCGCCGGCAGAAGCCCAUCAUCUCCGAGCCGGGCCGCCGCUCCUCUGCCGCACCGGGGCCGCGGGGUGCUCUGCGCCGCUCUCCGCGCCCGCCAUGGGGCCGGGCUGAGCCGCCCGCCAGCCACAGAAGUAGGACCCAGGAUGGAGGGGAUGGCGGAGCUCAGCCAGGAGGCGGUGCUGCGCUUCCUUGGCCAGCACGGGGGCCGAGUCCGCAACGCCGAGCUGGUGGAGCACUUCAGGGGCGCCCUGGGCGGCGAGCCCGAGCAGCGGGCCCGCGCCCGCGAGCACUUCAAGCAGCUAGUGAACGCCGUGGCCACCGUCCGCACCGACCCCGCCGACGGCGCCAAGUAUGUGCACCUCAAGAAGAAGUUCAGCGCGGGACUCACGCCGCCCGAGGCGGCCCCGGCCCCCGCCGCCGAUCUGCCCCGCAUCUCGGUGACCGCGGAGCCCUGCGAUAACGUUCCGGGGACCCCCGAGGAUUUGGCCCAGCCUGGGGAGAGCGAGCUGCUCCCCGCGGCGGCGGCCGAGUCCGCUGAGCACCCCCCGGAGGAGGGCCGGGAAUCCGGCGACGGGGAGCGCCCGGCCGGGGACAGCCGGAGUGAGCCACCCAGGUCCGGGCAGGUACCAGCCCUGAGCAUCGGGGUCCGGAGGAAAAACUCGGGGCGCAACGUGCAGCCCCUGCCCCGGGCACCGCCCCCGGGGUCCAGCCAGGAGCUGGAGCUCCCGCCCCACGCCUGGGAGGACGCGGAUGGGAGCAGCUCCCCCGGGGGAGCCACCACCCCGAGGUCUACCCGCAAGAACUUCCGAGAGCUGGUGAUGGGCAACUCCCCGCAACUGAAGAGGAGCUUCUUUCCGGGGGGCAGCAGCCCGGGGAGCUCCUCCGGGGGAGGCCGCGGCAGAGGUGGAGGGGACUCGGACAGCGCCUCCCUGGCUUCGUCGUCGGCGGAGGAGGAGGGCAGCGGCGGGGGCUCCGUGACGCUGGACCCUCUGGAGCACGCCUGGAUGCUCUCGGCCUCGGACGGUAAGUGGGACAGCCUGGAAGGGCUGCUGACCUGCGAGCCCGGCCUGCUGGCCAAGCGCGACUUCAUCACCGGCUUCACCUGCCUGCACUGGGCCGCCAAGCACGGCAGGCAGGAGCUGCUGGCCAUGCUGGUCAACUUCGCCAACAAACACCAGCUCCCGGUGAACAUCAACGCCAGGACGAGCGGGGGCUAUACCGCCUUGCACUUGGCGGCCAUGCACGGGCACGUGGAGGUGGUGAAGCUGCUGGUGGGGGCCUACGACGCCGAUGUGGACAUCAGGGACUACAGCGGGAAAAAGGCCUCUCAGUAUCUUAAUCAGAGCGUCGCCGAGGAGGUCAAGAACCUGGUGGGAGCCUUGGACGAGGGUGACGCGGAGAGCGCUGCCGGCAGUGGAGGUGGGCGCUGGAGGCUUUCCAAGGUGCUCCCCUCGCAUAUCAUCACCCACAAACUCGCACACGCCCUGGAGGACGGAGGGGAUCACCACCAUCACCAUCACCACUUGGCCGAGGCUUGGGCUGGAGGCAAAGCAAAGGAUUCGGGUCGCAAAGCCUCAGUCAGCUCUAGUGGGCGGUUAAAACCCAGACUCAACAAAAUCCGUUUUCGAACCCAGAUCAUCCACACCACACCCUCUUUCAGAGACGUGGAGCAACCGCUAGAGGAGGAGGAGGAGGAGGAACGGUCUCUUAAAAGCCACGCAGCCUCCUCAUUCAAACUGAGACCGAAGUCCAACGUAUUUGGGUAAAAGUAACUUCUUUUAGAAAAUUAUAAGGUUCGUUUGCCUUCAGGAAUAGAAUAUUGGGCAUGGGCAAGGAAGUGAAACCAGAAAAUUCUGAAUUCUGUAUUCUGUACUUACAGGGUUGGAGCGGGUGGGAAGGAAGUAGUAACAGGUACCUCUGGCUCUGUGUACCUGUGCAGAUCUGCAGGCUAGCAUUCCGGGGGAAGUGGAUUUCUUUUUAAUUGGUUUCUCAAACCCUGACCUGCGCCUCUUUUCCCCACUCUUCUCUUCUCCCCUGGAGUCCCUGUUUCUAUGGACUAGAAACGUGUCUAAAUUGGGGGGACCAUUCAGUGGUCUUUGCUUUAAACAUUGUCUGAUGCCAUGCAAAGGAAGGAAUUUUUUUUAAAUGUAUUUGUUUUUAAAAGUUGGUUACUUUUCCAAAAGUAACAAGAAAUGCAAAUUGUAACUGGUAGUCUUUGUAAGUGUGAACAAAACCACAUGCUGCCCUGUUUAUUUACUAAUUGCGUUUGAUUAUUAAGGUACUACUGAAGGUCAGGUCAAAGUUGAAAUGCAGAAGUACAAAGAAUAAUGUGAAUAAAAGUGGGAAUCCUGUUUGUAUUAUAAGUAACAGUGGAACUUGUUUUAAAAAAAGCAAUUUCAGUUUUAAUCGCUGGUCUGAAGAAAGGCAACAUUCACUUUUGAGUUAAUCUGUAGUUUGGUUUCUGUUUAACUAUCUCUCACACCACUACACUUGGUAUUAAGUUUUUUUUAUUAAAAGAUAAGAACACUCUGCAUCCUGCAGUACAUUUAAAUAAAAUAAUUGCCUCUUGUUCUGAUUUGCAUUACUUAUUUUGCUGUUCUGAAAGUUUAAAUUUGCCAG